CUGUGAAACUCCCUCUGCCGAGACAGAAACCAAUACAUCCAACACUGAACACACAAGACUCAACACUCAACAUUGACUGAAGAUGCUGUGUUCCCGAGGAUUCCAGUCUUCCCUCAGCCCAUUGAUGGACUUCUACUGGCCUGUGCGCAGUCUAUGGCCAGAGGUCCGACCUCUUCUCAGCCAGCGGGAUCUACUGCAGAGAAACCUGCUAGAAGUCAAGAGCAGUCUGGAUCUGAUGGCAAAACUCCAGCAGCACAUCUUUGAAGAGUUGGACAAUGUCCCAUCCUCUUUGACCAUCCAACCAGUCUCCUACAAGCUGGAUAAAGAGGGAGCGAGCUUUGCCCUGACACUGGACGCUAAAGACUUUUCCCCAGAGGAGCUGUCUGUCAAGCAGGUGGGCAGGAAGCUGAAAGUCAGUGGGAAAACAGAGAAGAAGCUAGAUGAUGGGGAAGGCUCCUACUCUUAUAGAUGCCAAGAGUUCAGACAAGAGUUAUAUCUGCCUGAAGGGGUGAAUCCUGAGACAGUCACCUGUUCCCUGGCACAUGAUGGGAAGCUCCACAUUCAGGCACCAAAGAAUCCAUUAUCUGGUGAGGAGGAGGUGGCAGAGAGAGUGGUUCCCAUCAACUGUAGCCUGGAUGUGGAAACCCCACAAUUCCUGACAAAGACAGAGGGAAGCAUCACCGACACACAGAAGAAACAAGAGAACAGCGUUUCACAUGAAGACUGAUUUUUAUUUCACUGUAUGAAACAUUUUCUAAUACAUAUUUUUUAUGUUUUGAGACUGUGUGCAUGUACGUUUCAUAUCUUGUAACAAUCAAUAUGAUAUGCUUUUUAAUUGAAUCAAUAAAAUAUUUUAAAAAAUCAGAA